GAGGGAAAAAAAAAAGGCCAUGACUAGUUUAGACACAAAUAUAUUAUUGUCUUUGGUAUUCUCGACACAUUAAUGUUGUCUUUCCCUGAGAUAAUUAUUACAUGGUUGAGAGUUUCAAAAUAUUGCAGCAUUAGAAAAGAUGAUAAACGGACGGCCACCGAGCAACAUCCACUCUGCCGCGCGAGGACAAGAGUUCUUUUCUUCUGCUGAUAACAUAAGCCUUGCUUCUGGUAGCAACAUCCUCGCAGAAACCAAAGCACAGAGAGAGAGAGAGAGAGAGAGAGAGAGAGAGAGAGAGAGAUGCGUUGCAUGUCGACGCGAAAGCCUCAUGCAGUGUGCAUCCCUUACCCGGCGCAAGGCCACGUAACACCUAUGAUGAUGCUCGCCAAGCUCCUCCACUCCCAUGGCUUCCACAUAACCUUCGUCAACACCCAGUACAACCACAGACGCCUCCUCCGUUCCAAAGCCCUCUCCUCCGCCGACGUCCUCCCCGACUUCCGCUUCGAGACCAUCCCCGACGGCCUCCCUCCCUCCGACGAGGACGCGACGCAGGACAUCCCCUCGCUGUGUGAAUCCAUCCAGAACAACGCUCUCCCCCCCUUCCUCGACCUCCUCAGGCAGCUCAACGAAGGUUCUCCACCGGUGUCGUGCGUCGUGUCCGACGGAGUCAUGAGCUUCACCGUCGACGCCGCCACGGAGCUCAGCAUCCCCGAGGUGAUGUUUUGGACCCCCAGCGCCUGUGGCUUCAUGGGCUAUCUCCAGUACAAACAUCUCCUCGAAAGAGGUCUCACGCCUCUCAAAGAUGAGAGUGACAUCACGAAUGGAUACCUCGACAUGGCGGUGGAGUGGAUACCAGGAUUGAAGAACAUGAGGCUGAAGGAUCUGCCCACCUUCAUUCGCACGACGGACCCCGACGACAUCAUGCUCAACUACUGCAACCGUGAGGCCCAAAGAGCCUCCAUGGCCAAGGCGGUCAUCAUGAACACCUUCGACGAACUGGAGCAGCCGGUCCUGGAAGCCAUGGCGGCGAUGCUCCCGCCGAUCUACACC